UUAUUUAUAUCUGUGGACCUUUGGACUCCUUCCAGAAGAUAAUGUAUCAGUUCCAAGCAGAGGGGAUUUCUACUGAGGACUAUGCCAUCUUCUAUGUAGAUGUAUUUGCAGAAAUUCUAGAGGGCAAAGCAAACAGAGAGGCCAAUAAACCCUGGCAGAAUAUAGAGAACCAGCUGGGUGAUCCAAUUGAGCUGUUUAAGACGGUAUUUGUUAUAACAUACAGAGAACCGGACAAUCCAGAAUAUAAAGAGUUUCAAAGAGAUCUUCAUGUGCGGGCCAAGGAGGACUUCAAUGUCAGCCUAGACAGUUCACUGAAAGAUUACAUUGCUGGCUGUUUCUAUGAUGGAGUAAUUCUUUAUGCCAAGGCCCUCAACCAGACUCUCGCAGAUGGAGGCUCCAAGAAGAAUGGCAUGGAGAUCACAUUGAAAAUGCAAAACCAGCAGUUCUGGG